AUGCGCUUCAAUACCGCCGUCACGGCUCUGGCCACCUCGGCCACUCUUAUGGGCUAUGCUCAUGCCGAGGAAGUGGAAGCUGUGCCUGAUGCCACCUCUGCCAUUGAGAAGCCCACCUUCACUCCUACUUCUCUCAAGGCUCCCUUCCUGGAGCAGUUCACCGACGACUGGGAGUCCCGGUGGAAGCUCUCGCACGCGAAGAAGGACGACCCCAAGUCCGACGAGGACUGGGCCUUCGUUGGCGAGUGGGCUGUUGAGGAGCCCUCCGUCUUCAAGGGAAUUGAGGGCGACAAGGGUCUGGUUGUGAAGAACGCCGCCGCCCACCACGCCAUCUCGGCCAAGUUCCCCAAGAAGAUUGACAACAAGGGUAAGACCUUGGUUGUCCAGUAUGAGGUUAAGCCCCAGAACUCCCUGGUCUGCGGUGGUGCCUACCUCAAGCUCCUUCAGGAGAACAAGAAGCUCCACCAGGAGGAGUUCUCCAACGCGACUCCUUACGUGAUCAUGUUUGGUCCCGACAAGUGCGGUGCCACCAACAAGGUUCACUUCAUCUUCCGUCACAAGAACCCCAAGACCGGCGAGUACGAGGAGAAGCACCUCAAGACUCCCCCCGUCGCCCGUACCUCCAAGGUCACCUCCCUCUACACUCUGAUCGUCAAGCCCGAUCAGACCUUCGAGAUCCUCAUCAACGGCGAGUCUGCCAAGGCCGGCAGCCUCCUGGAGGACUUCACCCCCCCUGUCAACCCCGAGAAGGAGAUUGACGACCCCAAGGACAAGAAGCCCGCCGACUGGGUUGACGAGGUCCAGAUUCCCGACCCCGAGGCCACCAAGCCUGCCGACUGGGAUGAGGAGGCUCCCUUCGAGAUCGCUGAUGAGGAGGCUGAGAAGCCUGCCGACUGGCUGGAUGACGAGCCCACUAGCGUUCCUGACCCCGAGGCCGAGAAGCCCGAGGACUGGGAUGAUGAGGAGGAUGGUGAUUGGCUCGCUCCCACCGUUCCCAACCCUAAGUGCGCCGAGGUCUCUGGCUGCGGCGAGUGGACUCGCCCCAUGAUCAAGAACCCCGAGUACAAGGGCAAGUGGUCCGCUCCUAUGAUCGACAACCCUGCCUACAAGGGUCCCUGGGCCCCGCGCAAGAUUGCCAACCCCGGCUACUACGAGGACAAGACCCCCUCUAACCUUGAGCCUAUGGGCGCUAUUGGUUUCGAGAUCUGGACCAUGCAGAACGACAUCCUGUUCGACAACAUCUAUAUCGGUCACUCCAUCGAGGAGGCUGAGGCGCUCCGCAAGGAGACGUUCGAUGUCAAGCUCCCCAUUGAGGAGGCCGAGGAGGAGGCCAGCAAGCCCAAGCCCGAGACUCCUUCUGCCCCUGGUACCACUGUCACCUUCAAGGAGGACCCCGUCACUUUCGUCCGCCAGAAGGUCGACUACUUCGUUGGCCUCGCCAAGGAGGACCCCGUCAACGCCGUCAAGACCGUUCCCGAAGUUGCUGGCGGUCUCGUUGCCCUUCUGUUGACCUCUAUCCUGAUCAUCGUUGGCGCCAUUGGCUCCAGCACACCUGCCCCUGCCCAGAAGAAGGGCAAGGCCCCCGCCGCUGGCUCCAAGGAGAAGACUGGCGAGGCCACCAGCUCCUCUGCCGACACUGGCAAGAGCGGUGCCACCAAGCGCGCCACUCGCUCCUCUGCGGAGUAA